AUGCUGCUGCCCAGUCGAUGGUGGAUAGCCUUGGGCUUAGCUGCCGCACAUCGAUGCAACAGUGAAGCGCAAUCCCUGGCAAUUCCGCUCCAGUUCCACCUGAUGUCAUUGAAAGUCACUUUUGCUGGCUGCUACCUGGGAGGUCAGUUCCUAGAACAGCUGAAUGCUUCCGCGACGCCUGCGGAGCUGCUGAAACUGCUGGCCACCCACAGGAACAACUUGCGAUUAGCUGAGUCCACGAGGGUUUUCCAGAAAUUGCUGGAGUUGACCAGCGCAGAGGAGCUUAAGAAGUUGACUCAGGAAGCGAUCCUGGUGCAGCUCCUGAGAUUUCAGGUGGAUGCCUUGAAGACGCUGCAGUUGCCUCCGGCGCUGAUCGUCUCCCUGGCAUCCCUAGGGCAACAGCUGGAGUCGCUCCAUGAAGGAAAAGUGCUUCUGACCACCGCGCUUCAAGCAUUGAAGCCAAAGAACAUGCGAGUGUCGGAACUGCGGGCGGUGCUCACCUCUCCCCUCGCAGGGAUCAAAGAACUGCGAGGGGAGAUUUUGGACGCGAUGACGGACACGGUGCAUCGCAUGAGCCCCGAAGUCAUGGCACGGACGCUCAGCGGUGUAGUGGUGCUGAAUACCUUGGCCGAGUACCAGGAGCAACCGGAGGAAUUGCUGGAUGAAGUCAUCGCUAGAGUUGAGGAGAAGAGUUUUCGCAUGACUCCAAACGAAGGGCUGGGGGUCCUUUAUGCCCUGGCUCGCCUUGAAAAGUUCAAUUUGGCCCUGCUGCAGCACUUCGGCAACCAAGCGGCAGUGGACAUCAGCCCUUUCUCCUUGCAGGAGCUGUCCCACUGGGCCGAAGUUCUCAGGAGGCUGAACUUCCAAAAUCAAAAGCUCUUGGGCUUGGAUGCCCAGCACCAUGUGAACGGGGCCAAGUUGACGUUGGAAGACCCUGCCAUCAAGGCCCUGAUUGAGCAAGAGGUGCAAAAGCGCUUGAAGCCGAAAGCCAAACCGCAGCACCUGCAGGAGACCUUUGCCUUGAACUGCCCGGUGCAUGGCUUGAUGUUUCUACCGCAGUAUGUCAAGUGGGUCAUCGACACCCCGGACUUCCAGCGCAUGCGUCAUAUCAAGCAGCUGGGAGUUUGCGCUCAAGUCUAUCCAGGUGCCACCCACAACCGUUUUUUUCAUAGCAUCGGCACCGCCUAUUUGGCCAUGACCUUCAUCCAGACCCUGCGCCAUGAACAGCCGCAGCUGGAAGUCACCGAUCGCGAUGAGAUCUGCGUGGUGCUGGCGGGGCUGUGCCACGACCUGGGACACCCGUGCUACAGUCACAUGUUCGAAAGCUUUUUGAGGCAGCUGGGAAGGGAGAAGAGAAAGGAAGCCAGCGCUCGGCAUGGGGAGCAGAUCCCACCUGAGGUGGAGCAAGAGAUUGCGAAGUUCGAGACUUGGGAUCACGAGAAAGCAUCGCUGGUGUUGGUCCAGAAGCUGAUGGACGACUUGCGCGAGAAGUUGGUUGGUGCUGGCCUCAAAGCGGAUGGAGAAGGAGAUGACUUUGCCCUCAUCAAAGAACUCAUCGAUCCCCCGAAGAAAACCUUGAGACAACUUGGAAAGGAAGGGAAGCUGCGAAGCUCCUGGUCCACUGUGAUGAAGGGGCGUCCAGUGGAGAAGGCCUGGAUCUAUGAGAUUGUCAGCAAUUGGAGAACCGGAAUCGACGUGGACAAGUUCGAUUACUUCCGCCGCGACGCCCAACACCUGGGAAUCCAGAGACAAUGGGAUCACAUGAGAUACAUCAAGUCUGCACGGGUGAUCUUGGAUGACAAUGAGGAGAAGGGCACCCCUACGAUCUCGCCACCAGAGAAGGAUCGCGACAACAUCCGCGAGAACUUGAUGGAGCUCAGGAAGACCUUGCAUCGCACCGCCUAUCAGCACAAGACAGUGAAGAAGUUGGAACAGCACAUGAUUGACAUUCUGAAGUUGAUCGACAAAGUGCCCUUGAUCACUGGCACUGAUGGCAAGAUGACCAUCAGCGAGGCAGCGGUCAAGAUUGAUCCUAUUGCCUAUCCGAAACUGACAGAUAUCUUUGUGGAGAGCCGAUUGAUGGAUGAAGAAGAUGAUCGGCUAAAGGACGCGUGCGCUGAGUACAAGGCAAGAUUCCUGGAGAGGAAGCUGAUGCGUAUGCCACAAAUGUGGACCUUGCCCACUGCUGAGGAGAACAGUCAGUUCAAGAUGCCUGAAGAAGAUUCUUACCUGGACCAGGUUCUGGAAGUGUACAACACCGAAGAGGAGAAGCUGAAGCGGAUUGAACUGCUGCAGCCGUUUCGACCUGUGCCCAGGGAGGAGCUCAGAUGCACCACGGCAGAGCUGAACUACGGCAUGGGCACCUCCGAUCCAAUCAUGGAAAUUAUCUUUCACGACAAGCAGUAUCAGAAGAAAGACUAUGACAACGAUCCGGAAGCCAACCCGCACCGACGGAAGCUAUUUGUCUUUUGGAACCCUCCGGAGAAAGAUCUCGGCGAUUCCGCCACACCUUCAAGGUUGUGUUGCGCUGCCCUCCAUGUGGCGCAGCAGUACAAUGGCAAAGAUAGUGAAAUGGAUGUGACGCCUGCCUCGCCAAUGAAGCCAAAGAGAACCAGCGGUGUGUCUUUGGACCCACCUCCGGUUCGACCCUCAGAUCUGUGCAUCACAACCCCGCAGUUGUGGCGAUUGUUCGUUGUGGAUCAAGAUGCUACAGAUGGGUUAACCUCCAAGGGGAGAAGUCUCGACUGUGAGUACUUCAGGGGGGUCUCGGACACUCCGCUGCAGAGUUGGCUGAAUGUAGGGGCCAAGUUUGCUUUUGAAGAUCUGGUCGGAUCACAAAAAGAUGAAGCUGCACAGUUGGAGUUAGAAGAUGCUCGGAUGCGAGGGCCUCAUGCAGGCCUUCAACCAGACGAUGUUUAUUUGUGCAGCGAUGCGAAAGGGUUUCUUUAG